AUGAGAAGAGGAAAUGACACAUCAGCCACAGACCUCAUUUUCCUGGGACUAUUUCCUAAUAUGGGAAAUAUUAGCUACUUCAUCUACAUCAUUUUCCUGAGUUACAUCCUCACCCUCUUUGGAAAUACCACCUUGAUCCUACUAAUUUGGGUGGAUUCUCGACUCCACAUUCCCAUGUACUUUCUUAUCAGCCAACUUUCUGUCAUGGACUUAGUUCUCAUAUCCACCACUGUUCCUAAGAUGGUCACUGAUUUCUGGGUGAACAGGAAAAAUAUCUCACAGGUAGGCUGUGGAAUACAGAUGCUAUUUUACAUAACUGUAACAGGUUCUGAGUGUAUCUUCUUGACUCUGAUGUCGUAUGAUCGCUAUGCUGCUGUCUGCAACCCACUGAGGUACUCAGUCAUCAUGAACCCCAGAGUCUGCUUACAGAUGGCUGCUUUGUCCUGGGUAGUAGGGUUUCUACAUUCCUUAGUCCACACAGUGUAUGUGAUGCAUUUACCAGUCUGUGACUCUAGGGAGAUUCAGCACUUCUUCUGUGAACUCUUAGCUACCUUGAGACUCUCCUGUGAUGACACCACUGUGUAUGAAAUGAUUUUGUUUGUCACAGGAGUAGUGUUCAUCCUCAUUCCCUUUGGCCUCAUUCUGGCCUCCUACAGCCUCAUUUUCUUGACUGUCUUCCGUAUGAAAUCUCAGAAGGGGAAGAAAAAGGCCCUGGCUACCUGCUCCUCCCAUCUCACAGUGGUAAGUCUCUAUCUAGGUUCAGGCAUCUUUUUCCUCAUGGUGCCUCCAACCAUGUACUCAGUGGAGCUAAGUCAGAUUGUGUCCUUGUUCUACAAUAUCCUCACCCCUAUGUUGAACCCCGUGAUCUACAGUCUGAGGAACAAGGAAGUGGGGGGGGCCCUAAGAAAACUCCAGGCAGUUGGAUAG